GUCCAUGUCGUCCGCGAUUCAAAGCACACCGAAGCCCCGAGUCAUAACCUUCUACUUCUCCCGCUUCCCCGUUCAAAGUCAAUUCGUCCUCGUUCAGGUAUCAAGCCAAUCUUAGCUUCUGCUUCUGUAUUCUGAAUCUGCUCUGCGCCCAACUCGUAACUUUUAAUCCGAAUCGCUCCGUACUAUCCUACCUUAUCGAUUGUUGCCAUCCUGCCGCCAUUGAUAUAGCGACUGAACACCCACGCGAUACGACAACACCAUGCCUAUCCGCAAUCCAUUCACACGUCGCGGCCAAGUUACCGCAAACGAUGACUCCCUACGGCCUGAAGCCCCGGGAUUUGAGCGAAUCGACACUCAUGGCUCAAAGGCUUCUUCGGUGCUCAGCGUCCGCAGUUCGAAGAGCCAGGACAAUGGGGAAUACAAGAUGAGCGUCGUAAAUGACAGCGGCGUUUACCUUCCGCCGUCACCCACCGAGGAGAAGGGACAAUGGCCUCGGCAGUACCUGUCCACCAGAAAAUCGACCGAUACUAGGAGCAGCUUCGGCGAUAUUGAGCACUUCUCUAUCUCUCGCGAGUCCUUUGACUCGUACAGGCGAUCAUUUGACGUGACUGCCAGGUCGCCCAUCACACACGACGUGCCCAACCGUUCCAGUCUCGACUCUGCGCGAUACCCACGCUUGCCGCGGUCGGCCAUUGAUCGCCAGAAGGAGAGGCAAGCGUCGAUGGUGGAAGAAUCCUUCGAGGAGGUCGGCCUAGACGACCAGAAGCAGCAGGCACAGGCACAACAGGCGCGCAAACGAGGAUUCUUCUCGAAAUUCGGCGACACGCAGGACAAGGACGCAACAGCACAAGGCCCGGUCGCCCGCUUUCUGCACACCGGCCGGAAGCGAGGGCAGAGCGGCCAGGGUGCCGAGCUCGGGAGCAUCGAACAGCCCAAGGUUCUCGUCACACAGGACGCUCGUGACUGAGACUCGCAGAGAACAACACAGUUCGUCUUGGAUUCAUCGGAUAUACGUUUUAGAUAUUGGGCUGCAAUAUGUUUGCGGUCGGCGUUUUUGGGUAU